AUGUCUUCCAAUACCAACAUCCUCAUAACAGGCGCUAAUCGCGGUAUUGGCAGAGGGCUCGUCACUGCAUACCUCGCAGUGCCUAAUACUACAGUGGUAGCCACCGUCCGCGACCCUUCUCACUCCACGGCAAAGUCCCUUCAAUCACUUUCAAAAGCUGCUGGGUCUAGGCUUGUUGUCAUCAAAAUCGAUGUCUCAUCUACAGAAUCUAUAGGCUGCGGCAUAAAGUCGUUGGUAUCGACUCAUGAUGUCCACACUCUUGAUGUUGUUAUUGCAAACGCUGGCAUUGCUGGAAUGUCGGCCUCCUUGUCCUUAACUCCGGUCUCAGAACUCCAAAGCUUUAUCGAUGUCAAUGCGUACGGACAGCUUGAACUUUUCAAAGCUGUGGCUCCUCUCUUACGCUCCUCUCAAGUAUAUGACAAGGGAAAAUUUGUUCUCAUUUCAAGUGCAGGUGGUAGCCUCACUACAAUGAAUACCAUCCUUCCGCUAGCAGGCUACGGAGCGAGCAAAGCUCUAGCAAACUUUCUGUUCAGGUGGCUAGCACUUGAGAAUGAGAAUGUGCUGAUUUGGGCACAACAUCCUGGUAUGGUGGCCUCAGACAUGGGGCAAGCGGGAUUUGAUGCUGCCAAAGAAAUUGGGAUUGACCUCUCAGCGCACGCAAUCUCGGUCGAAGAGAGCGCGCAAGCAAUAAAGAAAAUGGUUGACCGCUCUACUGUUGAGAAUACGCAUGGAAAGUUCUUUGGACCAGACGGCUCAGAAUUACCUUGGUAG